AUGAUUCUUUCCAUGUCAAGCCCUCAUAUUUGCAUCACUGGAAAAACCGGGCUAAAAGCAUCAGCCUAUUGCCAAUCAAAGAAAGAAAUUAUGGCGAAAAGUUUACAACCAGAAGGUAUGAGAGAUGAGUUGUCAUGUUCUGUGUGCCUUGAUCUUUUUAAAAGCCCAGUAACUCUAUCUUGUGAACACUCAUUUUGUGAAGAAUGCGUGGAUUCAAUUCGAAGGAAAAGCUCAUCAUCAUUUUCAGCAGAUUGUCCACUUUGCCGGAGAACAUUCCAGUUUGAUACCGAGCAUUUUCCCAAGAAAAACCACGUCCUAGGAAGAAUUGUUGAAGUUUACAAAGAGGAUGCUAUUCGGAGAUCCAAAAGCUGUUCAGAUUUGAGUGUCAUUGCUCCGAAGCGAUCAUCUUCUCAUGUGACGCCUUUGCAGCAAACACCAGAGUUCUGUAGACCCCAAGAUGCCUCUCGAACUGACAACACAACAGCUAGCCUCAGAAACAGCGUUUUAGAUCUAAGAGCAACUUUCACAAAUUGUGAACGUUCAGAAGACGAAGCGGAAUGUUUAACACGAUGUACGGCGAACUGUACAGACCCCCCUGGUAGAGCUUCUUUUCUAUGUGCGACUUGUGGUAACCAGUUCUGUAGAGUGUGCUGGGGCAGAGAACAUAACCUGCAAAGGAAUGAAGGUCACGAUAUAAAUGUUUAUAUCACGGCUUUUCGUGAACCUGACGGGAAAGACAUACUGUGCAGUGUGUGUGAUCCGCCAUUUUCAAAGGCGCAAGUUAUCUGCUUACAUUGCAACAAAGAAUUGUUCAAAAUGAUGGAGUUGAGGAAGAAACUUGUGAAAGAAAUACCCAAAUUUGCUAGAAAAAUUGUAAGAAUCUAUAUCUUUAUAAAUAACACAAGAUAUAUGGAUAUACUACUUCUGAGUUUAUUACAUACUACGUUUCGAAACCCAUAUCGGUUACGUUGUCAAACCACAAGAAGUGAAACAGAUUUAAGUGAUGGAGAUAAAGUAGUUUAUACAGAAGAUGAGAAAGAUUACAAAUGUACUGUACGGUGGGUUGGAAAAUCACAGGACAAUGUGUCUACCAUUGUAGGGGUAGAAUUCGACGACCCUAUUGGAACUGGAGAUGGUGCUUAUAACGGCGAAAGAAAGUUCUUUACCGUAGACAAUUAUGCUGGUUUCAUGGAACCUUUAUAUCUGAUAAGGGAAAGCGACUACAAUCCAAAGUCUUCCGUCGAUGCACUCUGUGAGGGAGGUAUCAUUUGUAAUGGGGAACACGGAAAUGGUGAAGUGUGGAGUGAUCUUGAACAAGAUGGUAACCAAGACAAUGACCUUGUCACAGAUGGUGUUGACUUUGAUCCGAAUCAGUUUGUAUUGGAUGAAGAAUUACAGAUUAUUUCGGAACAGUUCGCUACUGACAAUCUGAACUCAUCUUCUCUUGAGGAUCUAGCCCUCACCCCAGCUCCAGCUUUGGUUGACGUAAGCAAUAAUCCAGUAGCUCAAACAGCUAAUAAGAAACCGGUACCAAAACCACGAAAGAAAACUGGAGAAAAUAACCAUAACAAUCAUUUUUCAUUGAAAAUAGGGGAUAAUGUUGCUUAUUUUCACGAAGAAAAUGGUACCAGUACGUUGUGUAAAGCUGUAGUGAAAUGGAUUGGUGUGUUACCUGACGCAACAGAUGGACAAAUUACUGUUGGAGUGGAAUUAGAUGAAGCCAUUGGAUCAGGAACAGGCAAAUACAAGGCACAGAGACUAUUCUUUUCUAAAAUGAACCAUGCAUCAUUGAUUCCAAUAGAAGGGCUGUUGAAAUAUGAGGAUGUUUUUUAA